UUAAAUAGCAUUACUAAGGGUGAGUAUGAUGACACAUAAAAUAAGUGAAAGAACGUUGCCAAUGCAGACAUCAUGCAUUACAAAGGAAUUUCUCAGUAUCUCAUAGAUCUAACAUAUCACCUACCCAGAUGUGGUUAAGAUACUUUAAGGCAAAAAGCAUCUCCACUCCUCUGUAUGUGACAGGGUACCAUAGGUACAAGCCGUGGUCUCUGAUUCGGUGGCACUGAUAUACUUAGGGCCAUCCUCAGUCAUUGGGGUGCGUAGUGGAUAGUGGAAAUUAUUCCCUGUUAACAUUUUUUUAAUUUUAUGAUUUGACGUUUCGUUGUUUCCCACUCUCUAAAAAAUAUGUACAGUUGAUGAAUUCAGUUCACUUAGAUGAAAAGGUUAAAAAAAUUGUAAAAGAAGGAAAUGAAUGAAACCUGUAUUUUCUGAUACGUAGGGUCUGCGGUGAUGCACGAUUUUAAAUCUGGUCUGCUGAAAUAAGAGGUUGCAGUUCUUUCACAUCACUUCAUGAUCUGCAGACAGACCAAAGUGAAAGGCCGGAUUUACUCGGCGCGGCCGCAGUGGCCGAGCAAAGGCGGUUGCACUCGCUCCCGCUCCAGCCAAAAAUCGAAGACGGGGAUGGAGCGAGCGGCCUUUAAUGUUGUGACGUCACUGAGCUGCCAGGCGACGCGUGUCUCGUUUCAAAUGUUGCCAGGACGACGAUAGAACCAGGUAACCCCCUUCCCUGCCCCGUGGUUACAGGCGCCGCGAAAACCUGGCGUUCGUUCGUGUUUGUGCACAGCAAGUGGCCGGCGAACGGCAGUGAGAGAGAGUCCAGCAACCGAGCUCGCAGCGCCAGCCUCCGCUUUGCUAGGGGAGAAGGCCCGGGGCCCCAGUGUGCCUCCCGUAACUCCCUUUCAAGCAGGUGGGAGGUGUUGGAGUGGAAGGAAGAAGAGAUUCGACUUCUGAACAACAUUGUUGGAACUUCUUGAAGCUUUAGUGAGAUGUUGAUUUCUAGUUGGUUUAUCUGCAGCUGAAGUUUGAUCCUCCAGUAUUUCAGAGAAGAUAUGUUUAAUCUCAUGGCUAACUGUUGCUUAUGGUUAAAACGUUGGCGAGAACCUGUCAGAAUAGGAACCUCCAUUCAGAUUCAUGGGUAUUUCCAUCUUAUAACAGGAAGGUAACUCUAGUAAUGGUGGGACUGGAUAAUGCUGGAAAAACUGCAACUGUAAAAGGGAUUCAAGGAGAAUCUCCAUACGAUACAGGCCCUACAGUGGGGUUUUCAAGAGUUGAUAUAAAACAGGACAAAUUCGAAGUCACCAUUUUUGACUUAGGCGGAGGGAAUAGAAUCAGAUCUAUUUGGAAGAACUAUUAUGCUGAAUCCUUUGGUGUUAUUUUUGUUGUGGACUCCAGUGAUGUUAAUCGGAUGGAAGAAGUUAAAAAAACUGUGGCCGAAGUCAUAAGGCAUCCUCGGAUUUCUGGAAAACCUGUGCUUGUAUUGGCAAACAAACAAGAUUGUGAUGGAGCUUUACGAGAGGCUGAAAUCAUAGACCGGCUUUCAUUGGAGAAGUUGGUCAAUGAAAAUAAAAGCUUCUGCAAAAUUCAACCAUGUUCUGCUGUUUGGGGAUAUGGAAAAACAUUGGACAAAGCAAUUAAGAAAGGCCUUAAUUGGCUUUUGGUUACCAUAGCAAAAGAUUAUGAUAACCUUCAAGAACGGGUUCAAAAAGAUGCAAUGGUGCAGAAGGCACAGGAAGAAGAAGAGAAACGAGAGCGUGCAGAAAGAGUACGAAAAAUCCGAGAGGAGAGAGAACAGAAAGAAAGGGAAGAUGCUAAAAGAGAUGGACACCCAUUAAAUCAAGAUGAUGGUGAUGAACUAGAUCCACAAACAAACCCCUUUCAACCAAUAUCCAAAGUCAUUUCUGUGAAUGAGGAGAAAAUCAAACGGCAGAAAGAAAAGAACAAUCAAAAUCCUAAUGGCGAACCUCUACUAAGUGCAACAGAAAAGGAAUCAUCUAAGCCAGAAAAGAGUGCUGGAGAUACUAUUCAAAAUGAUGACCAGCUGAAAUUGGGUGCCAAUGCAGAAGCAUUAACUGAUCAGCUAGAAGAAACUGGGUAUCACCGGAAAAUGCAAGACUCUGGGAAGAAAAAGAUCAAGAAGAUACAUAUGAGGAAAAAGAAUAAGGUAGAACCAAUCAAUGUAGAUGAUGACUCUGAAAAUUCAAGCCCACCACCUCUGCCUGUUAGCUGGGGUACUCCCAAAGUUACCAGACUUCCAAAACUUGAAUCGCUUGGUGAAACACAGCACAAUGAUCUUUGCAAUAAGCCAUUGCCACCAGUACCAACAAGUCAGAAACCAAAUUCUGAAGCCCAUGAUGUCAUCUCUUAGUCGUCUGAAGGACGUGCUUCUCUUUAAACAGAAAAAAAUUGUAUGUAUAGUCAGUACAUAUAAAAGUUGUUUUAUGAUGGCAGAAAAGACCUGUGGGACCUGCCACUAAGAAGGAAAAGAAUUGAAUAUUGCUCCAGAAAUUGAUCCCUUGUAUUGAAAAACACUGGCAUGAUAGCAAUACAAAAAAUGACAGACUCUGAGGAAAGUUUUUUUUUUUACAGAUCUACUGAAAACUGGCAGAAUAAAAUAUUUGAACAAAAUUCAGUUUUAAUAUAGUACAAACCACUUUGAAGUCUUCUGAGCUUAGUGGAGAUACAAGAGACUGCAAAUGCUAGAAAUCAGGAGCACCACCAAGUUGGAGGAGCUCAAUAAGUCGAGCAACAUCAAUGAAGGGAAAACCUAUACACACCUUUGAACUGUUGAGCUGCUUCUGGUUAAGCUCCAAUAACUACUUUAAGAUGUCAUUAAAGUGGUUUAUUCUCAGCAAACAGAAAUCACAUCUAUGUUGAUUAUGGUCAAGUGAAGAAUUGUUAAAGUUGGAACUUGGACUUCCCAUUCUGAGAUGGCGGUAUAUCUGAUUUUCCAGAGAGCACUUUUUAAUGUAGAUAUAUUGGUGGUCAUUAAAAGUAUGUGUGCAAUUUAAGCUUUAUCUUCAUAGGUGAACAGUCCAUUUUACUCUGCAAACAUGUUUUCAGAGACUAUUUGAAUACCUUUACACAUCUGUCGAAGAUGUCUCUGAUAGUUUUCAAGCACUUUGCAGAUUUUUCAAAAAAAAAUCACGAAGUUUCAGAAAAUAUUAGUUUUUAAAAGGAUUACUGUUAAAUUGCUUUAUAUUAUAAAGCACCAUAUGGGUAUAAUUAUAAAAUUGAAAUUUCAUUUGAAUAACUUUCAAAAAUACUGUAUUUAGAAUCCAGAGAGAUGUUGAAGAUACCCAUGAUUGUCACUUCAGUCUGAGAGUAAUGAGAUAGUUUGCUUGUGUAUUCUGAGAAAAAAGUUGUUAACAGCACAAGUACUAUCAGCUAGCCAGUAUAUAUUAUGUCAUGAAUUGUAUUUAUUCCACUUUUCCAAUAUCCCUUUCUGUAUAUAUUUUUACACUACAUCAAUCACUACGCUAUUUAACAGUUGUAUAUUCUCAUACAACAACUGAAUCCUAAUGGUUUUUCUUCAAUGAAACAUUUAACAUUCAAGCGUUGUUUUGUCAGUUAAAAUGAUCACAGGAAAUCCAAAUAGAUUUCAGUGCAAGAUAACAUUUUUCAAAUGCAGUUAGUGCUUAGUUAGAUUUUGUACAUCUCAUAAAUUUAUAAAUAUCAAAGUUUUCAUGGAUUUUGUUGUUUUUCUGAAACUGAAAAGUAGAUGAGUCCAACCCUUUAAGUACUGUCUUCUUACAAUAAUACAACCUGGCUCACCUGAAGACAUAGUUUAAUAUUGAGGGUACAAAUGUCAGCAACCAUCAGGUAUCUUGCUGAGUAGGGACAUUAUAUGUUAUAAGCCUGAACACACAAAUACCUAGCUGAUAUGAAUGAACAAUUGCAACUCAAACCAAAGCUGUUUUCCAAAAUUCACACUUGAAAUCCCAUGGAUAGUUCUCAAAUAAUUCCCUGUGCUCUGAUAUCACUUGCUUUACCUUCCCCUCUCACUGAUCCACAUAUUAGUCAUAAUCUAGGGCUAAAUCUAUGACUUGUUUGUACAGAACACAACUAAUAUAUUCAUUUUGGUAAGAACAUUUAAUUGUCUGUUUUAUAACAUAUAUUUGUAUGAAACAUUGAUAUUUAUGAUUACGUAUUUCUUACUGAAUUUUCUUAAACAUAAAAUUUCACAGUUAUUUAUUUUGUUAUGGGACAGCCAAAUUAUUUCUGAUGUGCUUUUUUUUUAAAAAAGGAAAAGCAUACAUUGGUUUGCAUUAAAUUUUCUUAAAAUAAGACAUUAUGUUCCAAUGUUUCAAACACCAUUAAUAAGUAUUACAUAUUCAAUAUUUUUGAUUUAUAAUGUGUUCUACUUUAAUUUCAAACAUUUUGAAAGAUAACUAUCUUUUAUUUUGAACAAUUUUGUAGUAGUAAUACUUUAAAAUAUACAAAUUUGUUAACAUGUUUAUUAGUUUGCCUGAAGUCAAUGUUAUGUAGCAAUAUUCCAAAUGUAGUAAAAUGUCUUAUACUCAGAAGCUGAUGUCUGAUAUGUUAAUAGGUUAUUAGUAACCUUCAGGGCUCAAUUUCUUAAUUGAAAAUUUCAUGAUGUUUUUGAAAUAAAAGAAUUACUCUUAAAAGCAUUGGAGAGUGUUUUC